GUUUAAUCACGGAGGCUUCGUCGCUGUCGCUGACUGCUAGCAACGCGGUCCUGACUCCGAAUGGCAUGAGGUUUUGCGUUAACUGGACAAACAGGAGCACAGCUUCGAAAGGAGCACAGCUCCUGUCCGCUACCUAAUGAGAGAAGAAAGGGGUAUUAAGGUUGGUGGCGCUGUGCAACAGACAGUUAUUUAUUGCCCAUGGAGGCUAAGCAGGUCACUGGAAUGGCACAAAUUAUCCAAAAUGGUGACUUCUCAAAAGGGAUACUGGGCUGGGUUCCUAUUGGCCCUUGUGAGCUUGUGAGUGAGGAAGGACACGAGGAAAACAUAUGCAGAAGCGAGCCAAGCUUGAACCAUGACAAUGACCAUGCAAUUAGACGUUUUCACUUCGUCAGGAUUUUCAACAGGUCUGCACCAUGGCAGGGUCCCAGCCAAGCGCUGACUGGCAAAGUCCUGAGCUCUAUUGAAUAUUGCGCAUCUGCAAGUGUUCGGAUUGUCGGUGCCAAGUCCAGCACGAUGAUUAUGAAACUGAAAUUAGAAAAGGAAGGUGUAUUGACCAAGUACUUGAGGCUUGGAGAAGUCAAGGCAGUAAGUAAUCAGUGGACAGACCUUGUUGGGUCCUUUGUUCUGGAUGAAGAAUCAAAUGGCGGGCACAUGCUGCUGUACCUGGAAGGGCCUCCAGUGGGAGUGGACCUGCUUGUCAGGUCUGUAAAAGUGCAUCCAAUGGAUGAGCAUGCAGUGAGGAAGUAUAUUACUUCUCAUCUUGAUGAGAUUGCUUUUACAAACCGUCUGCCAGUGGCCAUGAUCCAGCCACUGGAGAUGAUUCCUGAUCCGCAAGAGGAGAAUGAGUUUCCGAAGAACAUUGUGGUGAAUGGGGACUUUCAAAAUUGUACACAUGGGUGGUAUGCAUUUGGGCCAUGCACUGUGACUGCAACCUGUACAGAUGAUCGCCACGGCAAUUGGUUCCUUACACAGCCCCAAGCUGUAUCAUGCUCGUCAUAUUACCUGAAGACCUCAAAUCGCACUGCUAAUUGGCAGGGCCCGGCACAGGAUAUCACAGAGAGAGUGAGACCAAAGCAGCCUUACUGCACUUCCGCAUGGGUUAAGAUCUCUGGAAAGUGCACUGAGCUUGUCAGGAUGUCUCUGAAGAUUGUAAAUGGUGGGGACCCAAUUUACAUCAACAUCGGCGAGGUUGAAGUGGAUGGAAGGUCCACUGAAUGGACGGAACUUCUUGGUUCAUUUCGUCUUGAGGGUGAAGUGCACACUGUCAUCCUUCUCUUUCAAGGUCCACCUUCUGGAGUUGACCUCAGUGUAACUGAGGUCAAGGGUUUUGCAGUGGACAUCCACAAGAGACGGAAAGAGCUUCAGGCUCAAACAGAUAAGGUUCGCAAGCGAUCAGCAGCUUUGGAGAUUGUCGAUGCUUCAGGAAAAGGCAUAAGUGGCGCUCGAGUGGUGGUCAAUCAGAAGACUCAGAGCUUUCCAUUUGGAUGUGUAGUCAGUCGGGAGGCUAUAGACAAUCCGCUGUUCGUGGAGUUCUUUUCGUCAUACUUCAACUGGGCAUCAAUUGAGAACGAGAUGAAAUGGCACUACACGCACCCAGACGAACAUACUUCAAACUAUGAGGAUGCCGACGCGAUAGUGGACUUCUGCCAGGACAAAGAUCUCAAGGUCCGAGGACAUUGUCUGUUUUGGGAAGUGGAGCAAUACGUCCAGGACUGGCUGAAGGACUUGACUGUGCCAGAACUAUAUCAAGCGGUGGAGCAAAGGAUCUUUGAGACGGUUCAUCGGUACAAGGGCCGUGUUGCACAUUGGGAUGUGAUAAACGAGAUGCUGCAUGGGGAUUUCUACCACAACCGGCUUGGUCCGGAAGCGCAGGUAGCAAUUUACAAGCGAGUACACGAGUUCGAUCCGGAUGCGGAGCUUUUCGUGAACGACUUCAACAUGUUGACAGGAAUCGAAGGCUCCGCCACAGCAUCGAAGUACGCUGACCACAUUCGAGGGUUGCUUGAUCAGGGAGCGCCGAUCCAUGGCAUUGGUGUCCAAGCCCAUUUCAGGCAAUGCCCCAGCGGCCUCAUCAUCAAGCAAGGGCUUGAUGAGCUGGCGAAACUGGGUCUUCCCAUUUGGUUAACAGAACUCGACAUCAUGAACUCCCAUGAUGCGCGUCGUGCCAAUGAUCUGGAAACAGCAUUACGCGAGGCAUAUGCUCAUCCUGCAGUCGGAGGGAUUGUGCUCUGGGGCUUCUGGGAGAUCAGCAUGUGGACAGAGUACGGAGCAUUGGUCGAUAAACAUUGGAAGCUGACGGAAGCCGGAAGGCGUUAUGCCGCACUCCGAAAGGAAUGGAUGACGAAGGACGUUGUCGGUGUCACAGACGCAGAUGGAAUUUUCGAGUUCCGCGGCUUUCCAGGUACGUACGAGGCGACUCUAACCUUGCACGAUGAAGCUACCGGCGACGAGACGACUAUAACAAAGAGUUUUGAAAUCACGCCAAACUCUCAAAGUAAGACUGCAUGCUGCAGUUAUCAACAAGAAGGAACACGGGAUUUUUUCCAGCCCCAGAGUCUGCAAUGGGUUCGCCUAGUGAUAGCAUAGCAAUGUCCGCAGCAGCAAUUGCAACUUCUUCGAUCCACUUUUUUGUAGGUUCUUUCUACUUUUUUAUGUUCAUUUUUUUUUUUUUUGUUUACGUGAGCAGAAUCUCGUCAAUCCAGUGCCCCACUUUGACUUGCGAAAUUACGAAUUACAAAAAAUAAUUAAAAAAAAAAUAAACAUAAAAUUACGAAUGCAUGAUGACAGUGCUUCUGAGAAAUGAAACUGGCACAGUCUGGCAGUGAUAAACAUGUAGAAAUGUCCACCUUUAGUAUGCACAAAGGUUGCUUCCGCCAUCAGUGUGGGCUUGCUUGAUGAUGAUUAUAUUCCUAGAAUGGAAGGGGCACUACCCAGUUACAGCACAAGACGCUGCCUCGCUCUGCCGAAAACAGAUUUUUAAAGAUUUUGUUGUGGCCUUUUUGCCCGUAUUCAGUCCGUGCGCCCGCAUUUGAAGAAAUGUGUGAUGGUCUUUUAAUCAACACACAUUUCUCAAGACUCUCAGCCCACCCACCUCCCCUCUCCCUACCCAUAACUGCGGCCCUGCCUAUUCCUACCAAUACCCUUCCCUUCACCCUACUCCCGAGUCCCAACCACCAUCGCACGAAUCUGAAGCGAGCAAGCGACUGCUAGCUAGCAAAGAUGACGAACCGUCUGACGAAGAAACGUGAAAAGUGUGGCCACGUCGGGGUUGGCCAUGGAUGGAUGCGUCUACCAAACACAGGAAGCGUCCUGGAGGAAGCGGUGAUGCUGGUGGAGGUACGCAUCAUCACAGGAUCAUGAUGGACAAGUACCGUCCAGGAUACUUUGAGAAAGUGGGGGUUAUGCGGCAUUUUUCACAGUUGAAGAACAAGCAUCACUGUCCUACGAUUAACGUGGACAAGUUGCAGACAAGUUGUGGGCACUAGUUCCCGAGGAGGUGAGAGAGAAAGACAACGGCGGGAAGGUGGUGGCAUCUAUUAUCGACCUCAGGAAGAAGAGGGGCCAUAUGCAAGCAUCUUGGCAAGGGCAAGGGCGCCCUCCCCGAGCAACCCCCAGUCGUCAAGAGGGAGUCGGUGAGUGAGUAAGUUCGCAGGGAAAACGAUUAAAGGAGGCCGGCGCAGUUAUUCCCAUGGCAUAAGAAGUGGCUCGCUCGUACAAAGUCGGAGGAGACCGAGGGUAGCAGCCCUACGAUCGAUUUGGCAGAGAAUGGACAAGCGAGGGAAACCAGGCAAUAGCAGAGCUAACAGAAGACGGAAGCAGAGGCUGAAUGGAGCAGCUUUUGAGUUUACGGGCUUAUGAACUUAUCGAAGCUCCAGAAUGGGAAGCAAUCGACACAGAUGCUGGGUGAUAGCAAAAGGGAAAGAAAUGCGUGCUGGCAUUUGUAGUACUAUUGAGGAUGAAUACUGUGCUUUGGCCCUUAAAUUAAAGGAUAUAAAAUUAUAAAUGUGUGAAGUAACUGCAGUUAUGCUUCUGUGAUGUAUGAGGACUGGAGGACGGGUCUUGUGAAGGAGCGUGAGGAGAAAGUAGGUGCUUUGGCCCUAAAAUUGAAGGAAUUUCAAGCAUGGUAAUCGACCGGACGUCCGGACCAGGUUCCAGACAGUCCGGAGCAACAUGUCUGGUGUCCGGUGUCUGGUCCAUAUGUUCGGAUGGAGGCCCCCAGGGUAAAAAAAAAAAAAAAAAAAAAAAGGGGCCGGCCCAGGAGGGUCCUGGCCGCGCCUUGAAAAAUAAUGGGGUGAUUUUUCAGUGUCGUUUCACCCCACCAGACAGGGCCUAGAGGACCGGACACAAGACACUGCAGGUUUUUGGGGUGGCGGGUUUCACACAGGCCCGAGCAAUUUCGAAGUGGCCGUUUCGA